AUGUCUGAGCAUCAGAUACUGGGACAAGGCUGCCAUGCGAAGAUUCCUGGCAUCCAUACCUCAUAUGGUUAUGUGUCAUCGCUCGGUGCGGGAAUCGCAUUCUGCACUCUUUUUGGCCUGACUAUGGUGGCUCACACGGUGCAAUUCUGCUGGAAACGGACAUGGUGGUGUGCUGUAUUUACCGUUGGCGCAUUCGUCGAGCUUCUCGGUUGGGCAGGCCGAACCUGGUCCUCCGAAUGUCCAUAUAAUUCAACCGCAUUUCUCAUGCAAAUCUCAACACUAAUCAUGGCUCCAACCUUCUUCGCCGCCGGUAUCUACGUCCUACUCGGCCGCUUCAUUCAAAUUCUCGGCCCCGAAUCAUCCAUCCUGAAACCAAGCCUCUACCUCUGGAUCUUCUGCACCUGCGACUUCAUCUCACUCCUCCUCCAAGCCAUCGGCGGUGGCAUGGCCUCUGCCGAAGCGGACAAAGUGGACGGCGACACCAAGCCCGGCACCAACAUCAUGGUCGCAGGUAUCGUGUUCCAACUCUUUGCAAUCACCGUCUUCGUUCUCUGUGCCGCCGACUUUGUCCGUCGGACCUUACGCCGUCGCCUGCUUCAAUCGCUCAAGGGGUCCGUUCUGCCUUUGCUGGGCGCCAUGGUGUUCUCCGUGCUAUGCCUCUACGUGCGGAGUAUUUAUCGAACGAUCGAGUUGUUGCAAGGCUGGAGUGGGUAUUUGAUCACCCAUGAAAAAUACUUUAUUGCACUGGAUGGCGCCAUGAUGGUCGCGGCGGUGGUCGUGUUCAAUGUGAUUCAUCCGGGCUGGUUCCUGCCUGAUCAGCACCGUUCUGCGGGAGGGAAGAGGGAUUAUAACUCGGAAGAAGUCGAGUUGAGUUCUCGUCCGAGUGUGUGA